AUGUCAACCAUAGCCUCCCCCCGCGACCCUUCCACGCCCCUGCGCCGCCUCCCCUCCGGCUCCGCAGGCACGCCCACCUCCUCUGGCCGCACGUCCGUCGAGACCGCCCGCCCCGGCGCCGCGGCAUCCCCCGCCCAGCCGCCCCAGCCUUCCGCCGCCGCCCCCUCCAAACGAUCCAACCGCGCCGCCCUCAGAGAAUACUACAAGCUGCGCGCGCCGCCGCGGGUCGAGAUCCCCGGCUCCGAAGUGCCCCCCAGCGACCUGGACGCCCCGGACUUCAGCGCCCAGGACUACGUCGCCAGGGUCGCCAGCAGCAGCGGCCUGGAGGACCUGCUGCGCCUGUACACCCGCGUCGUCGGCGAGGUCAGGGCCCUCGACGCCGAGAAGAAGGCGCUCGUGUACGACAACUACAGCAAGCUGAUCACGGCGACGGAGACGAUUCGCAAGAUGCGGGCCAGCAUGGACCCCUUGAACCCGGUGGCGUCGACUCUCGACCCGGCCAUCGCCCAGAUAUACGCGCAGGCGUCGUCGCUGCGGGAGAAGCUGCGCGCGUCGGUGCCGGCGCCGGACUCGGACGAAGGGAGGCGGAGAGAGGCGGAGCUUCGGACGAGGAGGACCCGAGAGCUGGCCGUCGAGGUGGCCGCCACGCCGCAGCGGUUGAGGCAUCUCGUCGAGGGGGGCAAGAUGCAGGAAGCCAAGAGGCAGUGGGAGAUGCCCAAACGAUUGCUGGUCUCGUGGCAUCAAAGGGGCAUAGGCGGCGAUGAUGUCCAAGCCGUGAUUGACGAGGGAGACGCCGUGUUUACGCUGAAGCCUGCACCGGAACAGAGUCGACAGAGACUCUCAGGAUGA